AUGGUGCUUCUGUACCCCUUCGUGCCUGUUUCGACUGUCAACGACGAGCCGUCCGUGGCCGCGUCGUGUGUCGUGUAUUGGGCAUUAAUAACUGAGCGUGUCCCUGCAUUGUCUUUUUACAAUUUAUACAGGGACAUUUUGUUAUGUUUUCAGUUUAUGGGAACAAUGCAGAUAAAAUAUGACAAUGAGGCUCGCCAAGCUGGUAUUUACGUAAUUAGUGCAUGCGGUUUUGACAGCAUCCCAAAUGAUAUGGGGGUGAUUUUCUUGGAGAAGAAUUUCCAAGGCACUCUACACUCAGUAGAAUCGUACUUAUCACUCAGCACCGUCAAGGAAUACCAAAAGGAGGCGCGUAAAAGUGGUGUUCUUAACUUUGGAACAUGGGAAUCUUUGGUUUAUGUAUUCGCCAAUUUCACUGAGAUUUUGAAACUGAGAAGUAAACUAUAUCCAAAAAACGAAUCCACCUAUAAGCCAAAACUGAAACAGCGAUAUAUUCAUAAGCAAAAUGGAAAAUGGGCAGUUCCUCUCGUAAGCCCUGAUGGGUCUAUCGUGAAACGCACGCAGCAUCGCCUCUUAGAAACCAAUAACAAACGGCCUGUACAAUUUCAACCUUACAUUGUUCUCCCUAGUAUCUCAUAUGUUUUUCUUCUUGGUAUAAUCACCAUGUUUGUCGGCAUCCUCUCCAAAUUCAAGUAUGGAAGAGCUUUGCUUUUAAACAAACCGGAGUGGUUCUCCCUGGGGCUGGUGUCAAAACAAGGACCAACACAAACAGUUAUGGACAACACGUGUUUCACUUUUGAAAUGUUUGGACGUGGCUGGGAUAUGGGACAAGAUACUGAAGCUUCUGAACCAAAGAAAACAGUUAUAGCUAAGGUUUCCGCCAUGGACCCUGCUUAUGGAUUCACGUCCUUGGCACUCGUGCAAUCAGCCAUUGCUAUUCUCAAAGAAAAACACAAAAUGCCAUCAACAGGAGGAGUCUUUACGUCGGGCGCUGCUUUUUGGAAGACAAGUCUUGUAGCUAAACUACAAGAAAAUAAUGUUAAAUUCGAAAUAUUUUAUUAAUUUAAGAUUAUCGUAUAAAAUGUAGUCCUUUUACCUUAAUUAUUAUGUUGGUAUUAUUGACUAAUCGGAAUCGGUAGGCAGGUAUAAAUUAAGUCGCUCGCACUUUGCUCGUUUUUAUCGCCCCAACUCUUAAAUCCGCGACCUUUAAUAUAAUUUAUAAUUCUUCCUUUAAUACGUAAAUUAAAGGUAUUUAUAUUGGCAUUGAAUAAAUGGUUAAAAUUAAGGUAUGAUUAAUAAACAAUUUAUAUUUAGAACUUCAAAUGAUAUUACUUAACUUUUCCUUGCCCACAACUUAUAACUUUAUUGUGGUAAGUAAACCCACUCCCAGCAAAAGCAAUAUUACCCCCAUAAAGCCACGAUGCGAUGCGGCGUGCGGCUCAGGCGCAGCGCCUAGUACGGUCAUAGUGGUGGACCGGUUGGAAAUUAUGAUAUUAUUUUUUUAUGUUUAUAUUUGGUUCAAAUAAACAGUCGAACUUGCCGCAUUCUAUGUUAUUAGAGGAACACACGCGUUGAACAGUAUUAAAGAGAUAAAAC